UGCCCAAUUUAUGUGCAUCAUUUUUUUUCAACCGGCCCUAUAGUUAGACGCGUCCCGCGCAGCUAUUAGAACUACUUUGCGAUCAGACAUGGGUAUGGUCUGAUGAUAUCCGCCAAUUGCGAAAGGCACCCGAGGCACCAAAGGCACCAAAGGCAACAACCAUUUACCUAGUUGGGACGACUAAAGUACAUCGGAUGAAUCUUAAAAAGAUGGCCGCUACGGUUGCUACGCCCGGCCUCAUUCCCCGGGUUCUACGGGAACACAACUUACUGCCCGUCGCGGACACAGACACCAACAAUGUUCCCCAGCCAGACGCUGAUGUCGAACCCAAAGUACCACCCCAACAUCAGCGCUUGAAAUUAACCGACUUUGCUCUUGUUAGGACUUUAGGAACUGGUACCUUUGCUAGAGUCUGUCUAGUCCGCCCUGCCGGCGCUAACGAAGAGGACGGUGACAAAGUGUUCGCUCUCAAGAUCCUGCGAAAGGCAGAAGUCAUCAAGUUGAAGCAAAUAGACCACGUCCGAGACGAGCGUCGCAUACUAAGCGAUGUCGCUGGUCAUCCUUUUAUUACCGAAUUAAUCACCACCUUCUCCGAUCACGACUCCUUGUACAUGCUACUUGACUAUGUCCCAGGUGGCGAGCUGUUUAGUUAUCUGCGAAGGCAUCGAAGAUUCCCAGAAGAGUGGGCCCAGUUCUACGCUGCUGAGAUCGUUUUGGUACUUGAAUAUCUUCACGACGACCAGGGCGGUGUCGCGUACCGCGAUCUGAAACCAGAAAACCUUCUCUUGGACGGACAGGGUCACGUGAAAUUGGUUGAUUUUGGUUUCGCGAAGAGACUCGGUAGCAGGGAUAGCAGGCCUGUUGAGACCUACACUCUGUGCGGUACGCCCGAGUACUUGGCACCCGAGGUCAUUCAGAACAAGGGACAUACUAUUGCUGUUGACUGGUGGGCGCUAGGGAUUCUGAUCUACGAGUUCCUCACCGGCUAUCCUCCGUUUUGGCAUCAGAAUCCUAUUGAGAUUUACAAGCAGAUAAUCGAGAAGCCCGUGCUCUUCCCCGCUGAGCCCCCUAUCUCACCUAAUGCGCAGAACAUCAUUCGUUCAUUCUGUACUGUGGAUCGCUCCAGGCGAUUAGGCAACCUUAUCGGUGGUACUCGCCAAGUUAAGGAACACCCAUUCUUUGAAGGCAUAGAUUGGAAUGCGCUUUAUCAUCGGCAGAUCAGGCCGCCCAUACAACCCAACGUGCGGUACCCGGGCGACGCACAGUGCUUCGACGUCUACCCGGAAGAUGAUGGCAAGCGGGAGCCAUAUACCGAGGAGCUGUCUCGUCAAUACGACCGCUACUUCGAAGGCUUCUAAAGAGUCAUAGAUUACGACAUAUUUAGAACGAGGGUAUGAGGGUAAGGCGUACUUUUAGGGUUCGUUUUUGGCUACUACAGGCAAAAACAAUUCCCAACGAACUGAUUAUGAUGUAUUUACGGGACCCAUGGUCGCACGAUUUUCGGGAGUCUCGGUAGCGUUUCCUAUAUACGUUAUACUAUAACAUAUUGUGAGGGGUUGUUUAAGGCCCUUAUCAUG